AGAACAUUACUCUCCAAUAUUUCUUUGAUAAAUUAAUUGGAAUCUCUGAGGAAGUUGCUCUCUCUGUUCAGAAACAUGGCUCUGGCAAAGAGGGGAGUAGUGUUUUUCAUGAUGAUAAUGGUGGCUCUUCGUGGGUUAUCAAUGGCUGCUGUCUACAAGGUUGGCGACUCAGCUGGUUGGACAAUCUUGGGCAAUGGCCAAGAUUACCAUGACUGGGCUGCUACCAACAAGUUCUUCGUUGGUGAUACCCUUUUUUUCGAGUACAACACCCAAUUCCACAACGUGAAGCAAGUGAACGUCGAAGAUUUCAAGUCAUGCAACCCAGACAAUCCGAUUGCGACGUACGUAGACGGCUCCGACAAUAUCACCCUGAAAAGCUCAGGCGAGUACUAUUUCUUGUGUGGUUUUCCAGGCCACUGCCAAGCUGGUAUGAAGCUUCACAUCACUGUUAACUCAGCAGCCAAUUCGCCUCAAAACCCCACUCCAACUCCUCUGGCUAGUAACGUUGCUCCAUCUCUCCAUGCUUCCAAGCUCAGCUGCGUGGUUAUGGUCGUCGCUGCUGCCACCCUCCCAUUCUUCCUUCUGCUGGUUUAGGGGGCUACCGUUUGUUCUAAUAUUACAUGUUGAAGCACAUGGCAAUCAAGACUAAAUAUGAUCUUUA